GAUAGAAUGUAUAUUAUUAAUAAAAUAGCUGUUGCACUCUAUCGUAUUCAUAAAGAGAAAGCAGUGCAUAGAGAUUUACAUUCUGGAAAUAUAUUAUAUUCACAACUUAAUGAUCAAUGGAUUAUUAGUGAUCUUGGAUUUUGUGGACCUGCAGAUAAAUCUUCAACAAGUAUAUAUGGAAAUCUUCCUUACAUAGCUCCCGAAGUUAUUGUUGGGAGAGAAUAUACUUUUGCAUCUGAUAUUUAUAGUAUUGCAAUUCUUAUGUGGGAAAUUUCAUCUGGACAAACACCAUUUAUAAAUUAUGAACAUGAAAAUGAUAUUGUAAUGAAUAUUAUUAACGGUAUAAGGCCAAAAAUUGUGCCAGGAACUCCAUUAGAAUAUAAAAAUUUAAUGAAAGAAUGUUGGGAUGCUGAUCCAUUAAAAAGACCUAAUAUACUUACACUUUGGAAUAAAAUACAAAAAAUUUAUUUAUAUUAUCAAAAUAUGUCAGAUGAAUUAUUCAAAUCAGAAAUGGAUAAUUUAGAAAUGAAUAAAGUAGAAGAAAAUUAUACGAGUAGCAGAAUAUUUACAAGUAAAAUUCACAACUUUGGAAAUCUACCUGAACCAAGAAACGCAACAGAAGAAGAACAAGAAGUGUUUCAUAGUAAAUUGUAUGAUUUUAACAUUCCUAACGAUAUUAACGACUUUAAUAAAUCAAAUGAACAGAAUAGUAGCAAAUCAUCAAAAUCAUCAAAAGUAAUUACUAUUUUUAGAGAUAGUAAUAAAAAAUUAUCUAAAUUAUUUAAAAAGGUGCAAAUAAAUUCAAAUAAUGACGAAAAAGAAAAAACUCAAAAAUAUGUCAAUGAUGAUGACGAAGUAUAUAAUAAUCCAAACUUUCAUUCAAAAGAACAAGAUGAACUGGAAAUUCCUGAUGUGGAUUUUAAAUUGUCUUUUGAUAAAUCAAAUUAACAAUAUUUUUUUCUUAUAUUUUAAAUUAUUAUCACUUAUUUAUUUAUCUUGGAUUAUUUAAACACUAAGACUAGAGUAGUAAAUGUUUUACAAAAUUCUUAGUUUGUAAUUUAAAUAAUUUUAAUAAAUUUAUUCAAAUUAUUAAAUGUAUAAAUACC